AUGAAAUUUACUUGUCCAACCGCUAUUAACAACUAUGUAAAGUGUAUCUUAUCUGCUAAAGAAUAUAACAAUACUGAAAAAUAUGUUAAAGACCAUAAAAUUGUACUUAAAAAACUUGAUAUCAAGAAUAAUGUACAACUCACUUACUUGUUAUUUACUUUUACCGCUUUUGCUAAUGAAUACGAAAUCUUUAUGAAAUCUUUCAUUGAGAAAACAUUUCAAAAACAAGUAGCACAGUUGGAAUCAACAGAAUCUACUAAUGAUAUGCCAGUACAUGACUAUGAUGUAAAGUCUAUGAAUUUGAAAAUUUUGGAAAAUGCUGAACACCAAUCAAUGGUUAUAGAACUUAGCAAUCUAAACAAUGAAAACUAA